AUGAUUAACGAAGGGUUGAUUCCAGUGUUAUUAUGGUCCAUUCAGACGCAGCUCCUCACGCAAAUCAUUGCCAACCGGGUCGCUUUGAUUAUGACCUCCCGGCGCCAGGCUCGAAUGCUUAAAUGGGCUCUGGCCGUCCCGAUCACCAUCGUCAACAUCUCAGUUUUUUGCAUUUGGAUCCCUGCCCAUAUGGACAACGCCACCAGCGCCCAGAUCAACCUCAACAAUAUAUGGGAACGGGUUGAGAAGGCCUUUUUCCUUAUUAUCGAUCUAGGCCUCAACCUGAUCUUCCUGUACCUUGUACGGUCUCGACUCAUCAGCGGUGGACUGACUAAGUACUGGCGUCUGUACAAUUUCAAUGCGGGCAUCGUCGUUAUAUCCACGUGUAUGGACGUGUUGCUUCUUGGGUUUUUGAGCUUGCGGAACGCAUACGUCUAUGUCCAAUUCGCCCCUGUCGCAUAUAUCAUUAAGCUGAAUAUCGAGCUCACCAUGGCCGUCCUGAUCUCGAAGGUGGUGCGCAGCAGCUGCAAUAACCCACCUGAGGAUUGGUAUUCGAGCAACCACAUCUCCGACCGCUACGCCCAUCAGGCGACCUGUACGAGCAACAACGAUCACCGAAAGUUCCCCCCUGAAGUUGAGAUGGACACGCUGCAUGAACUUGACCAGGAAUCGCCCAAGGACCUCGAUCACCAGCGCCCAGGCAUUAUGAGAACUAUCGUCACAACUGUGCAAGCAGGGGAGGAUGAUGCCAGUACCGAGGAGUUGGUGGUUAACCCGAAACGCAUGACGAGGUGA